UUUCUUGCGACGCGAAUGGGACGCCUGAGGACCCAACGAGCAUGCGCAACCAUUCCGAGCAUGCUCAGUAGCGCGCGUGCGUUGGGGCUUCACUGCGCGGUGGCCGACGCGGAGGAUUCCGCGGCUGCUGCGGGAGCGACAGGAAGUGAAGCGGCCCGGCCGGGCGACCGCGGCGGCAGAAACAGAGGCGGAAGGGGCGCUGCGGCAGCAACGACGUCGGCGACGGGGGUGGACGAGGGGGUCGAGCACCGAGACGACUCGCCCGCUCGGAAGCCGGAUCCCGAGCUGGGCAGGAUGGAUCACCACCAGCCAGGGACUGGCCGCUACCAGGUGCUUCACAAUGAAGAAGAUAAUUCAGAGUCAUCUGCUGUAGAGCAACCAUCAACUUCAAACCCAGCACCGCAGAGCGUUCAGACUGCCCCUUCAGCAUCGGUACUUGAAACGGACUCUUCUCCUCCACCUUAUAGUAGUAUUACUGUGGAAGUACCUACAACUUCAGAUACAGAAGUUUACAGUGAGUUUUAUCUUGUGCCACCUCCCUACAGCGUCGCUACCUCCCUUCCUACGUACGAUGAAGCUGAGAAGGCCAAGGCUGCCGCAAUGGCAGCUGCAGCCGCAGAGACAGCUCAGAGGAUUCAGGAGGAAGAGUGCCAACAAAGAGAUGACUUUAGUGAUGCAGACCAGCUCAGAGUGGGUAAUGAUGGGAUUUUCAUGCUGGCGUUUUUCAUGGCAUUUAUUUUCAAUUGGCUUGGAUUUUGUUUAUCCUUCUGUAUCACCAAUACCAUAGCUGGAAGAUAUGGUGCCAUCUGUGGAUUUGGACUUUCAUUGAUCAAAUGGAUUCUUAUUGUUAGGUUUUCUGAUUAUUUUACUGGAUAUUUCAAUGGACAGUAUUGGCUUUGGUGGAUAUUUCUUGUACUUGGCCUGCUUCUUUUCUUCAGAGGAUUUGUUAAUUAUCUAAAAGUCAGAAACAUGUCUGAAAGUAUGGCAGCUGCUCAUAGAACAAGAUAUUUCUUCUUAUUAUAGAGACUGCAUCGACCAGACAUUCUUUUCUUAUAUCAAUGUGAAAUUUCCAGAUCAUCUGUAAACCUACAACUUUAAUAGAAGACUACUAAAAGCAGAAGAUAAAUUAGUGAAGAAAAGAUAGAUCUUCAAAAUUGAAUAGCAGGAUGGUUUAUGCUUAAAAGCCAUUUCUGUUCAUUCUCUUAAAUAUUUAUAUUUCAUUUGUUUUGCACAUUUGCAUACGUGCCCAUGUAAAAGAUUUGCGUAUACUUGAAAGAAACCAUAAAGUUGUAGCAGUAAAGUCCAGUCAUAUUUGGUUAAUCAGUGUUUGUUAUAAUUGAAAGAGAUGAGUGAGAAACAGUCUUCCAGCAUGUAAAUGCCAUUGACUUCCGACCUGACAUUUAGUAUAAUAAAAAUGAAAUUAUUAACCAUGUCAAAUGCUUUAGUUUCUGGCUCCUAGAUUCAUCUAGUGUAACUCUACACAUGAAACAUCCUUUGUUAUAUAUAGUUUUUAAAACCUGCAGUGCUGAUUAUAGAAGAACUUUGUCAGAUUUUUGAACAUGAUAUUUACAUUAUUAUUUAGCAAACUCUGUAAAUAACCAUGCAUAAAUUACUUUCUGCAUUGUUUUCUUAGAAACUGUGUCUGGAUAUCUUUUCAAUUAAUUUAAAAUUAAGUGAACUUAAUAUAUAGAGAAAAUUUGGGUGUUAAAGAUAGUUUGUUUUAGGACAGAUUUUAAGAAGAUAUGGGUAUUCCACAUGUCCCUUAUAAAAACAUCUUUUCGUUGUUUUCUUUUUAAGGGACAUGCCAAGUUUAGGGGUUCUGUUGAGAAGCUUGGUUUUUAGCAUUGCCAUCUUAGAGAGUCUUGUAGGAAGAGAUUGUAUUAGACAUCAUAUUUAUUUCAUUUAAGACACUUUUGAAAAUUAAUUUUCUGAAUAAGAUAUUCUCAAUUUGCAUUUGUCUUUUAAGAAGCCAAUAAAAGUAUCUUUCAUUUAUCAUUGUAAUAAUGUUUUCUUUAGAUGUUUAGGUUGUUAAAUGAAACAAAUAAAACCUUGUACUAAUAGCUUCUUGCUUUAUGAUUGUAGGAUUAACCUAUAAAAAUCAUAUCUUGAAUUCAGAUAUGCCAAGUAAUCGGUUUUUCAGUUACAGAGAUGUGUCUGUGGGAUCUGGGGGUGGUGUGUGUGUGUGUCUGUGACCAUUAUUACAACUGGAAGCAACUACAUUUUGCAGAUCAUUUUAUGUCUCAUCUAUUUUCUUUUCAGUUAUAUUUUUGUUUUUGAAUGCCAAAAUUAACAAUGAGAAUUAUAUCCUCUUUUAAACUUAAAAAUCAUUUAAUACAGCUAUAGAGUACAUAUAAAAUUGGUUGCUUGUUUAUUAUUAGACGCUGACUCCUACUAAAAGAUACAUCUAAAAUUACUAUUCAGGGACAUUUUUCCAUUUCUGAAAAAAUAACUUAGGCUUUAUAACUUCUUUUGUAUUUCUCUGUAUUUUCUGAUUUAUUUCAUUGUCUUUGAUAAAUAAAACAUGCAGUUUUGUUUUGCUAA